CAAAGCAAAACAGUAAAAAAAAACAAAAUAAUAAGAAACGCAAAGCAAAACAAAAUAGUAAAGAAAAGCAAAGCAGUCAACGAAGAAAAACAAAGCAACAAAAAAGCAAAGUGCCAAAAGAAUAUUAA